UAAUACAGUAUACGACGAUAGACGCCCUUUUUCUUCGUGGCGAACGAAACCCUAAUCAUCACUCCUCCUCCUCCUCCUCCAUCAUCCUCCAAAUUGGAUUCUGCCAAUUGCCUGUUCUCUCUUCAAUUUGAUUCAGUUCGAUUUCUUCGUAUCCCACCAUGGAUGCUCAGCGAGCUCUGUUAGACGAACUUAUGGGAGCAGCUCGUAAUCUGACAGACGAAGAGAGAAGAGGGUUCAAGGAGGUUAAGUGGGACGAUAGAGAGGUCUGUGCAUUCUAUAUGGUUCGAUUUUGUCCUCAUGACCUCUUCGUUAACACUCGAAGCGAUCUUGGAGCGUGCUCGAGAAUUCAUGAUCCAAAGUUGAAAGAGAGCUUCGAAAACUCUCCAAGGCAUGAUUCCUAUGUGCCUAAAUUCGAGGCUGAGCUUGCACAGUUUUGCGAGAAGUUGGUGAAUGAUCUUGAUAGGAAGGUCAGGCGUGGACGUGAACGCCUUGCACAAGAGGUUGAGCCGCCUCCACCACCGUCUCUAUCUGCAGAAAAAGCUGAACAAUUGUCUGUUUUGGAGGAAAAAGUUAAGAACCUUUUGGAACAAGUGGAAGCACUUGGUGAAGAGGGCAAAGUGGAUGAAGCUGAAGCGCUAAUGAGAAAGGUGGAAGCGCUUAAUGCUGAGAAGACAGUCUUGUUACAACGACCAACUGAUAAGGUACUUGCUAUGGCACAAGAGAAGAAGAUGGCACUGUGUGAGGUUUGUGGAUCAUUCCUUGUGGCUAAUGAUGCUGUAGAAAGGACGCAGUCUCAUGUCACUGGAAAACAACAUGUUGGCUAUGGCUUGGUCCGGGAGUUUCUUGCUGAACAAAAAGCUGCUAAAGAUAAAGGAAAGGAAGAAGAAAAGCUAGUCAGAGGAAAAGAAGUAGAUGAUAAGAGGAAAUCAAGGGAAAAGGAAAGCGAGAGUAAGAGGAGUGGGUCUAGUGAUAGAGAUAGAUACCGUGAUCGGGAUCGGGACAGAGAUGGUGAUAGACACAGAGACCGUGGUAGGGAUCAUAGAAAGCCUUAUGACAGGAGAUCGAGAAGUGGGAGAGAGGGUCGUGAUCGAAGCAGGUCACGAUCUCCUCAUGGAAGGUCUGGUCACAGAAGAGUGUCAAGAAGCCCCAUUCGCCAGUACUAGUUGGAGACCCUCAUGGAAGGUCUAGCCACAGAAGGGUGUAGAAAAUCCCAUUUGCCACCACUAGUUUGAGAUAAAUGUGUUGUCGCUAUGUCUUGGGGCCAAGGAACUUUGCAAUUAAUGAGGUAGACAUUGUGACAUCCCCCUUAGUUUCAUGAGCAUGUGUUUUGUUUUGGAACUUCCUUGUUUAAAAAUUUAUGGAUAAAAAUUGUCUUUCUACCCGGUUCACAGCUAUUCUAAGAGUUUGAGACCUUACCCCUUCAUCGGUUAUUUGUUAAGAGGUCAAAAGCGUUGAGGUAGGUAUAACCAUAUAACCUUUACAUUUUCAUUGUAUUUCACAACGUUUGGGAUGCUAUAGCCUCUUUUUAUUUCGUCGGUUGGUACCCAUUUCUAGUUUGAUAUACUUUUCUGAUUGAAAAGACUACAGAAUAGGGAAUAUUGGGCUUGAAUGACACAGAUACUAUUUGAGGUAACAAAUAUAUGACUAGAAGUCAUCCUUUUACUAGAAGUUGGUUUCAGUUUUGAGUUUGAAUAAUCUUUGGCUUUGGGGUUAGGUAUAAUUGUUACAUUUCUUGGAACAUUUGGUUGCAAAAAAAAAGCUUUCAAUAAAGGAAUCUCUGCGAACCCAGGAAACACAUUGGAUGGGUCGGCUUGAUAUUUUGAUUUGUAUCGGCUAUCGGGUAAACUCCCACACAGCUGUUUAUGAACUUUUUGAUAAAUCUUUUCCAAAUUCAAGUGGUGGAUGGUUAUAAUAAAACAGUAGGUAAGGAAUUCUCUGGUGGGAGCAAGAACAGUAUCGAUGGUUUGUGUUGAGGUCCCAAGAACAAGGUCUGUGUUGAUGGUUUUGGCCUAUCUCAAAGCUAGUUGGCCUUUGUGUAAAACCUGGAUAAACCUUUUCAUAUAAACAUUACAAAUGUCUUUUUCCUUUUCUGAUUUCUGUCUUUGAUUCAAAUAAAAACCUCAGCUUGUUUGUGAAUGAAUACCUUGUUUUGGGGGUU